AUGUGCGAUUGGGACAUGUCUCAGACUCCAAGACCUGCCACAGAGCCUAAGCACGACGACGGAACCGGAACAUGCGCAGUAUCAGCACUGGCAAGUGUCUCAACAAGACGACAAGCUGAAUACCCAUCUAGUUAUUCUUGGACUAGCUUUGCCGAAGGUAGGAAUCUUGUUGCCAUGAGGCGGUCGCGAACAUGCACGUGGAAAGUGCAGGCGAACCCUGUCUGGGGCAGCAAGGAGAACGGGGUUUCAGCCUUUGUGUCCAGUACUCUAGUGCUCACGGAAAAUUGUACAACCACAGCACGCCCAGACCUACAUGAGUAUAUUGAAAUUAGAUUGUCAAUAGAUGAGGGCACAUUUGAAGAAAAACGUCCGACACGGUGGAUACUCACUUUUGGCCCCCAAGUACUGCAGCAGCCAAUGUGGAUGAGUGAUGGUGGACAAGCGACAUCCACCGUCGUGCCUCUAAACACGCCCCAAAGACUCUAG